CAUGAAUGGCUUUUUGAAAACUAUUUCAAAAUUUGAUGGAUUCUUCGUUUCUUUCAACCCUUCGUUUGGAUUGACAGAAUAAAGAAUAUUUUAUAAAACUGUCUGGGGUGGCAUGGCUACAAUAAUAAUUUUAACAUUUGUAUUCGUAUACUCAAUAAAUUAACUGAUAUUAUGGGGAUCAGGUGAUAUGAUAUAUAAAGUUUCAUCUCAAUAAAAAACUAUUACCGAGGGAAGCUACUUAGAAUAGCUAUUUGUAAGAAAUGAUCCAAUUUAAUCUCUUAGCAUAGAAUUUAUGAGCUCAAUUAAUCCAUUUGAUAACAAAUAAAUGAUAAUAAUCCCAUUGCUUUAUAAACUUAAUGAAGAUGAAUUGUAUUCAAUAGAAUCUGAGGGUGGUGAUGAAAAUACUGUAUACGUGGAUUUGAAUAAUAUACUUUAUAAUGCUUUCAAUAUAAUUUUUGUGAAAUGCAUAGGGAAUGAAGAUUACUUAUCUGAGUUUUAAGAAUGCGCUAGUUAGGAAUACAGUGAUGAAUUCUUCGAUUAAAUAGGUCUAUUAUCAACAAUAGCAGUUUAUAACGAAGAAUUCGAUAUUUCAAAAAAAACUUAUGAUCAGUAUGAAACAUAUGUUAAUUUACCCUUUGAUACAAUCUUAAGUAAUGAAGUACAGAUUUUAACAAAUUAUGAAGUUGUUGAAGCAAAUUAAGGAUAUCUAUUCCAAUCAUCCGAAUAAUAUAUUGUAAACAAAGGAUGCACAUCUUAGGUUUACACAUUCACUAAGGAUUAUCAUCAAAAGUUGUAUGAGGAAGAAAUCGGUGUUCAGGAAGUCAUAGGCUCGAUAUAAAUACAAAUGAACUCUACAAUAUUUUAUGUGAGAAAUCAAUAUCCCACAAUAAGUGAGGUUUUGGCUAGCAUUGGUUCAAUCAUCUAAACAAUAUUGCUAAUUAGAUACAUUUUUUAUGCUCUGAAUAGGAAAUAAUUGAUCUCGUUUAUGAAAUCUACUUUAUUGAUUAAUUAUUAUCCUGAAUGGAAGGAAAUUAAAAAUGUGAAAGAAAACAAAAUAAAUUCAACUGUCUUAGAAGACAAGAAGUUAAAUAAGACAAGCAUUGAGAAAUUUGAUAAAGAUGUUCAUGAAAUGUUAAACCAUAAAUUUGACUACAUAAACCUAAUUUAUGAAAUGCAUCAAAUGUAAAAGAUAUUAUAAUUGAUUACACCACCAGAUCUGUUGUUGAAUAUUCAUUCGAAUGAAUCCAAAUUAUAAAUUUAACAAGAUGAAAAUUCAAAUCAGUUUAGUGUUUAAAAUCCAUGGUCUUCAUUUGAGGAUUAUUCAGACUCUAUUCAUAAGAACCAUUUGGAUCCAUUUUUAUUUAGUUAUUAUUGGAAAUCCAAGAAAAAGAAUGGUAGUUUAUAUAAAAUACCUUCAAGUGAAAAUGAAUAAAUACCAAAAUAAUUUAAACCGACUUAAAUAUAGGAAAAUGCAGAUUAAGUUGUUGAUGAAUUAAGAAACUAGGAUUGUAAAAUCAACAUUGAAAAUAAUGAUUAAAAUAUUUAAGAUUGA